GCCUAAUUUCUACAGUCGGCUUCGUUAGGCGUACUGCUCGAACACACCCAAUGAUAAUUCUCUUCACUGCUCUGUGUUGCUGCUGUCGGGAAACUGGGUGUGUGAUCCGGAGUGGCUGAUGGAAUUGCUUGCUGUCUUUGCAUUGGCUGACCGCACAGCAGCACUGCUCCGUGUAUUUUUAGCCAUCGAUGCAAUUCAUAUUGCGGUGCGAGCGAGGCGACUCGGUCCACAGUCCCAGUAGGCUACACGGGAGUUACAGGGGGUAACUGCAAGUGCAGUGCUUGGGGUUUGCGACAUAGACCGAAGGAGAGUGGGGGAGACUGGCUACACAGCAAGUCAAGUAAAGAUAAAUAAACGGCAUUAUCGGGUUUUCACGGUCAGGCGCUGAGGCUGUAGCCUGAGGAUUUCCAAUAGCCUACAUUUGUAGAUUUAUUGUUGGUCUAUUUUAAUACUGAGCAGCUUUGCAAAUGGCAAGUCCCGCUGCAGAUAGAGGACAACCACACCAGCGACAUCCCCUCUCCGAAUCGGCCUCGGAGCCCGCGUUUCUAGAAGCGCAGAAAUGGAUUGAGGCGGUCACAGGCAGAUGCUUCAAUGACAAGGACUUCAGGGGAGGCCUGGAGAAUGGGAUCCUGCUGUGCGAGUUGCUGAGCUCCAUCAAACCUGGCUUGGUGAAGAAGAUCAACAGAUUACCCACUCCCAUCGCUGGCCUGGACAACCUGAGUGUGUUCCUGCGUGGCUGUGAGGAGCUGGGACUGAAGGGCUCUCAGCUGUUUGACCCUGGGGACCUGCAGGAUAUCUCCACACGCCCCAACACCAAGGUUGCCGACUGCAGUAGGAAACUCAAGAAUGUUCUGAUUACCAUAUACUGGCUGGGCCGGGCUGCCAACAGCUGCACCUCCUACAACGGGCCCACACUGGACCUGAAGGAGUUUGAAGGCCUGCUAUCACAGAUGCGGAAGGAGGCAGAGGACACGGAGAGCCCCCAGCGCAGCAUACGGGACAGUGGCUACAUCGACUGCUGGGACUCGGAGCGUAGCGACUCGCUCUCCCCGCCUCGCCACGGCCGAGAGGACUCCUUCGACAGCCUGGACUCAUUCGGCUCACGCUCCAGACAGACGCCCUCGCCGGACGUAGUGGUCGCCCGCGGCAUUGGCAGUGAUGGCCGUGGCAGCGACUCAGAGUCCGACGCCGGACCCCACGGGGGCAGGAAGCUGCCAGACGUGCGCAAGGAUGACAUGCUGGCUCGGCGGACCUCGGUGAGCGAGCCCCGUGUGAUGGUACCCUUCAAUCAGUACCUGCCCAACAAGAGCAACGCCAGUGGCUAUGUGCCCACACCGCUGCGCAGGAAAAGGGGUGACCACGAGAGCCGGGAGGAGGGCAGUGGAGGGGGUGGAGGCAGCCGCAAGAGCUGGAGUACCGCCACCUCGCCCAUAGGAGGCGAUAUACCCUUCAGUAGCCCCGUCCGCUCAUGCUCCGAGGAACUAUACCGUCCGUCAUCCUUGACAACCAGCCCCAUGACUACCUCCAUCAUCGUGACGAGCCCCCUUAGCCCCAGGACCAGCCUGGACACAUCCAGGAAGUUCCCUCCCAUGAUUUACAGGGAGAAGGCAGGGCAAAAGAAGGUGGGGCUGUCCAUAUCCCUGGCGACAGACACUGGGAGGAAUGACGACGUAUGGGCUCGCCGUGCCCUUACCUCGCCAAAACACGGCGGCACCACUGGUCCAAACCAGUUCCUGCCUGUUCCUUCAGCCGGGGCAACUACCACGCUGACCAUCACCUGCCAGGGUCGCAUGGGCAAGUCGGAGGUUGAAGGUCGCGAGGGCAACAAACCGGCGGUGGAGAAAUGUCCAUCUUGGCUUGACGACGACCUCCCGCCAAUAUUCAGUCACAGAGCUGCUAGUGUAUCAGAUGACCCAGAAAGUGUGAGCAUGAUUGACAUGCGUUGUGAGGAGGACGCCAUCUUGCCACACCACAGCCAGGUGCGCCACGAGCUCAUGCACAACCAGUACAACAUGAUGAAGGAGGAAGAGGACCACUGGCAGGAUGACCUAGCCCGGUGGAAGAGUCGCAGGAGAAGCGUCUCCCAGGACCUGAUUAAGAAGGAGGAAGAGAGGAAGAUGAUGGAGAAGCUGAUGACGGGUGAAGGGGGGGCCAUCUCUCAGAGGAGGAAGAGCAUCAAAACCUACCGGGAGAUUGUUGAGGAGAAGGAGCGUCGUGAGAACGACCUCCGCGAGGCCUACCGGUUGGCCCGCACCCCUGAGGAGGCAGCGUUGGUCCUCCACCGCUACGCCCAGCGCUUCACCAUCAGUGAAGCGGUGUUGGAGCGCCUGCAACUGCCCAAACUGCUGGACAGGAGCAUCUCUGAGGAUCCCACCGCUACCACCAACACACGUCUCACCCUCACCCCCACUUCCUGUUCUCCCACCCCCACCUCCCCGGAAGAAGAUACAAAUGGCCCCCUGAAGUACCUGAGGCAGCAGUCGCUCCCGGCACCCAAGUUUACCGCUACUGUUGAGGCCCAGGUGGUGGGGUUCCCCCAGGGUUUGUCUCAUCGCCCCCAGAUUCGGUCGCGCAAGCCUGAACCAAACCCCUCGAUCCGGGCCGUCUCACCCAAGUCUGUGCCUUUGCUGAUGCCCAAGCCUUACAAUCAACCCAAGGGCAUGCAGAUGCUGGUGGGACCCAGGCCAGGCAAGGUGGACGGCUUGCUGCGAGUGAACGGCGACAUGGGAAACGAUGAGGUCACCACUCCAGAGAGCGAGGGAAGGACCUCCCCUCUACGGUUCUACCCCUCCCCUGCCCUCCCUACAGCCUCUUCUGAUGGUUCUGACACACACCCAUGUGAGGCCACUCCCCCACCCACACACAGCCCCUCCCCCAGGGCAAGUCUAUUACCAGCCAUGCCAGAAGUGGCACAGUGUGGCACAAGCACAGGCACUGCAGUGACAUCAUCUUCAGUGCCAGGAGAAAGUGAUGCCCAGAAGAAGGAUAAUGCACAGGAGUCUACACCGCCUAGCCGGCCCACCUCACUGCCCUCGGAGCUGCAGAGCACAGAAUGUCUUGUGGAGGCGGGAGGCAGGUCUGCUGCAGGCCCACUGGGGGAGGAGCCCAACACAACAGAGACUGCAGUACAGCCCUCUCCAGCUACAGAGUCACAACAAGCUCCCAAAGAACAAACAGAAGUGUGUAUGAAUGCCACAGCGACUAGACAGAACACCACUAUCCUCCGUCCAGUCCUAUCAGAGCACGCCACACAACAAGCUCAACCAAUGACCGCACCGGUCAGUGAGCCCAGCCUGGAGGUGUCUCGGAGAGCAGAUGAAGUUGCUACCUUGGCUGAUCCAGGACCUGUCAGAAACAAACCACCAUGUGAAGCUCCCACAACAGAGGGGGCAGAGCAGGAGCGUGGUACAGCAGCGGUCACUCAGGUGUCAUCCCCGGUAGUGGCCCAGGCUAAGCGGGGUGACCGCUGGUCUUGGGACCCAAAUGAGGAGCGAAAGCGUCAGGAAAGGUGGCAGCAAGAGCAGGAGCGCAUGCUUCAGGAGAAGUACCAGCAUGAGCAGAAGCUGAAACAGGAGUGGGAGAGAGCGCAAAGAGAGGUGGAAGACGAGGAGAGGAGAUACCAUGAGGAGGAGCGAAGGAUACUAGAGGAGACUGUGGCCCCUCUGACCCCCCUCUCCUCCACCCUGCCCUCGCCCAUCCGGGGGGAUACCCCCGCGCCUAUGGACCCCCAGGACACCAUCGUCCGGUCGCUGGCCGACUGGGAACGCAAGCAGGAGCUGCUGGAGAGACAGGGGGGGAACACUGAGAGAGUGGUAUGGAAAGGACAAGAUAACGACAGGAGUAGUGACAUCAGCACAGCGUCCAGAGAUGAGAGUCUGAAAACAGCAGUCAGCUCAAUCAGCCAGAACAGCAGUCAGGCAGACAAGCUGACACAGAGUUUGCAGAAUGGUCAGAAUGCACCACCCACCAUGGCCGUUCCCCAGCCCCCCAACAAGAAACAAAAUACAGAGGUCUUACUAGACUGCACCAAACCCAGACAGCAGGCGCCCUCUCGGGACAGGAGGUGUGGCUCCAUUGAAUCCAUGGGGCCCAGUCCAUCAAACUCACCCACCACAUGCCCAUCUGACAUGCCUCAAUCUCCAAACAGGUCGGUGAGCGGUAAGAAGCUGUGCUCCAGUUGCGGUCACCCUUUGGGAAAAGGGGCAGCCAUGAUUAUUGAGACCCUCGGCCUUUACUUCCACAUCCAGUGCUUUAAGUGUGGGGUCUGUAAGGGACAGCUGGGUGACACCUCCACAGGGACAGACGUGAGGAUCCGGAACGGCCUCCUCAACUGCCACCAGUGCUACAUCCGCUCCCGCUCAGCCGGCCAGCCAACCACAUUGUGACAACGUUGGGUCAAUGGAAAGCACACAGAGAAAUUGUCUCCCUUCUUCCUACUUCUCCAUAUAAUCAACAUGUGUGGAAUGUGUCUAGUCUGUCAAUGCCUAUGUGGGGAUUUUCGCAAUGUCUGCAAAUCACAUCCUAUCGGGUUUAUUGAAAUGGUCCAAAUAAUGCCUGACAUUGGAAAGUUGUGUGUACAUAGAAUAUUAGUCUGACUGAUCAUAGUCAGCCUAUUGAUUCUAUUGGCUCUGUAUGAUCACAGCUCAGAGGUUCUCACUUCCUCGUAUCCAUAUGCACCCACAAGCCCUCGAGAGGAUGGUGGCCAUUUUGAAUCUGAGCUCUGAUACUGUAAAUAUGGUGUAUACAGUAUAACAGCCUCCAUCACUUCAAAUCAGUAUAGGAAACUCAUGAAAACAUUAAUGCAAUGAAGUCCAACCAACAAAUUUGGCACUUAGACAAAAUAUUUGUUUGUAUAGUAUACCCUUUAUUUGAAUUGGAAUUAUUCUCUGGUAUCCAGGUUGUUAGAUAGGCCUUAUUAGUCUUUAGUUUGUAACUUAAGCUUCUAAUUUGGUUGCUAGAGAAGUUUGUCAUGAUUUCCAAUAAAAGUUUCAAGUAAUAGAAGUGUAUUCCAUUUUGCCAACUUGAGAUCUGUAGGAGUUUUUCUCGGUGGUCAACUAAAGGCUUAGAAAAGCCUGCUUUGUUCCUCCCGAUUUUUACUUAAACCACAAUUAACUCAAACUCUGGUUUAAAUUCUGAAAGUUAAAUUGUUUAGCUAACUAUCUUCUUUCCAGGCAGCUCCAACACUGUCUUAUCGUUUAUUUCUUCCGUAUUGCUUUAGUAGCCUACUGGAUACAAAAAAAUACUGUGCUGUCACUAGGCUAUAGGCCUACAUACAUUACAGUAACUUUGCACGUCGGCCUGACAACGUUAUCCUUUUCUCUCUUUCUUUGCUCAAAAAAAAUGUCUGCUCACAAAGUUAGAUGUACUUGAUUUCAAAGCAAUAACGCGAACUGAUGCAUGUAAACUGAUUGUGGAGGUAACCAACCGUCAUGGAUUCAUGCUACUGUACUAAACCAUUCCGUAAACUCUUAACCGGUUCUCUUUAGGAAUUUCAGGCUUGGAAUGUCAUGAAACGUGCCUUAGGUAAACAGGUGAUUGCACACUCAAGGGAAAGGAACCCAAAGAUGAUGUCCACUUAAAGGAAAACUUCACCCAAAAACUGUAUUUUGGUAUUUAUUUCAUUAGUCCAUUGAUGAUAUAGUCUCAACUUGUUUAUUGACAAGAAAAACAUGAUCAAGAAUAUCACUUAAAAUACAGAAAUCAGAAAUAGGCAUCAUAUAGGGAUUAUUUCUGUAUUGUGUAUGUUACAUGUCUUUUACAACUUAUUUGCUAACAAGCAAAACAUUUUGAGACUAUAUCAACAAUAGACUAAUGAAACAAAUGCCAAAGUUUCGUUUUUGGAUGGAGUUUUCCUUUAAGUGUGAUGGGGUAGGAUGGGAGAUUUUUGUCCAAAAUCACCCCACCAAUUUGAUUAGUUGAUAUUCCCCUUUAUUUUUUUACUCAUGUCACAGUCUACCAAACCUUGUUUUCUCAUGAUUUCAUGAUUUGCAGUGUCUUUCCAGUUUCAAAACGGAAUCUAAAAUAUAUCUAGGAUAUAUGGUUGACAUAUUUAAUAGCAGCCUUUCCCAACAAAAAAUAGGAUGACCAUUGAUUUUUUAUUUGAUUGUGUAUCCGAAUGUUUUGACAUUAUAAUGACUAUAUGGGCCUCUCUAUGCCCUGUUGACAGUGAUGACGAUUUUGGUCAGCAAUAGAAACCCAUUUUCAACAACAAAAAUAUAAAUUAAGCAUACUUGUUGCGUUGUGAAAUUAUGGCUAAAAUGUUCUUACCAGCAGGUGCACUUGAUUAACAUUUGGCUGCUAAAGACCAGUGCCAGCAGUUUGAACGCCAAUUGUGAAAUUAUAGGCUACUAUGGAGCAAUUUCACUGCCAACAGAAAUUGUAUUUGAAUUUAAUAAUUUCGAAUUUGUUUUAGGAUUUUGAAUUUGAUUGUAAUACUUUUGAAUUUGUAAUCGUUGAAUUCAGCUUUAGCUAAUUGGGCUAACAUAGUCUUGUGACAUGUAGGAGACCUUGUUCAAACCCACUCAGUCACAAGAGCAAGAUUUAAUAGGGAGUGGAAAGGCUAUCCUUAGAAGGGCUAUGGCAGGACUAUUCACCUAUAUUCUUAUGGGGGCCAAAUUGUGUUUUUUGUGACUCUCUUCUAACUCCGAUUGUUGUCAUCAUAGAAGGGAACAGAAGGCUCCAGAGAGUCUUUGCUUUCAGGAAUGGGGUCAUGAUAGCUCAUAGCCAAGACGGUUCGAAAGUUGCCGCUAAAUUCAUAGGAAGAAAAUAAAUUCAACAUGUCACGUUGGCUUCAGAAACUGCAUGAAGUUUAUGUUUUACAGAGUGAGCAUUUGAUUAUCUGUUCUCUACCUUCCUGGUUGGCAAAGUACCAGGAUGUUGUCUCAGGUUUUGAAUCUGAAUUUAGAGAGCUGAAGUUGAAUAUAUGAAACUUUGAUUCAAUUGAAAUGAUUGUUUGUAAACUUGAUUCACAGACAAUGAAUGCAAUACUUACCAUAAGUUACAUUUAUGAAUUCAGUGAUUCAAUUCAUUCAUUACAAAUUCAAAAUAAUGGAAUUCAAAUAAAAAUGUCUGUUGGCACUGAAAUCGCUCUAUAGGUUACCAGUGGUGGAUAUAAUGUAUGUCCAAAUGCUAUCUUGAAAUAAAUCCAUUGCCUACUCUGUCAGACAUAUGAUCCAUUCUCAACUUGUAGCUUACAACUUUCCCUGUUUCGUCUGAGUUUAUUUUUCUGAUAUUGUCCUACCAUAUUUUUAGGCUUCAGAUCUGAUUGUCUUUUUACUUUUACUUAGGAAAUUAAUACAUCUCAGCUGAUACUCUGCAGGGGGGCGUCUUUGUGUCAGAAAUAUCGAUACCGUCUUAGCUGGAUGAAUAGUUUGGGAAUUAUACUUUACGUCUAAGUUCUGUAUUUAUUGUAAUAUUCACCUGAACAUUACCCGAAGAAAUUAAAUGUGAUGUUCAAAAGCAUUGGCUUUAUAGCAUACUGUAUGUUUAUAAAUCAAAUGUAACAAAUGAAUGAA